CUGAACUCUGUACUACCAAGUGUGACCGCAUUACCAUACACUGUACUCAUCCCUGUCGAUCUCACUCCACCGUCAAGUGCCACUGCCUAUCCUCAUCACAGCUCCAACUCUUUCGCCUCUCUAUCAAAAUCACGCAACAUUCUAAAUGGCUCGUGCCCAUGGCAAAUGGCAAAAUAAACUCUCCAGGUCAACUCCGGAGUAAAAUGAACCUGCGGAAUGGAGAGCCAGGAACAUAAUUUUGAGACUACGCUAUUGUUCUUCGCUGACCAUCUUCCGAAUAACUAUUUAUUUGCUAUGACCCUCUCCCCUCCCCGAUGGAAACUAGCGGCUGUAGAAAACGAAAUGAACAAUCACUCGGACCACCUUGUCGCACUGGAAACUGGAUCGAACGAGGCAUGCACUUUCCCGAGUUGGCAAGAGAAUUCCCCCUACACCGAGUACGAGUUCUUGCCCAGACGCACCGGUCAUUUCACAGAACAUUCGGUCACACAGGAGAGCACAGAUGAUCAGGAGGAUUCCGAAUCCGAUUGCUCCGAGAACAAAACAAACGUCUCCAUCACAGUGGAAACAUCUCCCAGCCGGUGCAUUAUUGAGAUCGCUGGAACCCGGCAGGAGAACUGGCACCACCCAGAAACUUUGAGUAACACAAGGCGCCGUUUGCUUUGCUGUCCCGUCUUUGAUGAUUGAGUUUUGUAGGAUUCCUCCGUGCAGGACUCGAGAACUCUUUGCUAGUACUCUGCACAUAGUUCGGAGUCCCAUCUCCUUCUGGUUCGGAUGAGUAGAUCUUCUGCAGCUGCCAAAUCCCGUGUACCUUCGCUGUCGAGGAUUAACUUCCACCUCUCCUUGUCCCUAUCACAUCCCUCAAUAAGAGUCCGCAGAGCAUGCUGCUUCCGGUUUCC